AUGCGCAUCCCACGUGCAGUGGAGCUGUACAAGGAGUCACUUCCUUUAGUCUUCCCUGGACUGACCAUCGGCAACGACUUGUCCAACCGGUCAUUGGACGGUACUGUCUCAGCCUCCUCAUCGUGGACGAUUUGGCAUGACUACGAUACUGGCGAAAACCGCCGCUCCUCGGCAGCCGAUGGGUAUCUGUGGGCCAGCGACCAGCAUCGGGAAACCCUCACCGUCCUGACCAACCAUAAAGUGGACAGAGUUCUGUUUAGAGAAGACUUGACGGUCAGCAGCGUGAUAUUUGGAAAACAGCCUGGUGCCGAUGUCCCCGGAAGUCAACUUGGACUACACGCCGUGCACGCCAACAAGGAGGUCAUUGUUGCUGCUGGAUCUCUUGCAACUGUGCCUGUCCUUGAGAGGUCGGGUAUCGGCAGCUCCGACGUACUGGAAGCGGCUGGAAUCCAGCAACUCGUAGACCUCCCUGGUGUCGGUGUCAAUCUCGUUGACCAGCCCGGCACCGGCACAUCUGCACUAGUUUCUGAAGCGUAUCAGAAUGACACAUCUUUGAUUGAUGGUCGGAUCCUGUUCGCGCCGGAGAUAUCCUUGGUCAACGUCGAGCAAAUAUGGGGUGCCGAAUAUGGUGACCUUUACACUCAGCUUAGUUCUCCCGACAACCUCAAGGCUCGAGCACAGGGCCUAGUCGCUGCAGGUGGAGCCGCCACACUACAAGGUGCUAUGGCGAUACUCAACACGACUAUCGACUUGAUCGUGAGUCAUAAUUUUCCGGUGGCUGAGUUCAUAGGCGAGAGCUAUCCAACCGUGCUCUCUGCAAUCUUCUGGCCCCUGAUGCCCCUAUCGCGCGGGCACGUCCACAUCAACUCGUCCAACCCAUUUGACAACCCAAUGAUCACACCCAGAUUUCUCACCGACGAGUUCGACAGAGACGUGGCAGUCACCACCUCUCGACGCUCUCGGACCAUGUUCGCCAGUGCGCCUUUCAGCGACAUCGUGGCCGACCCGUUCUAUGACCCCCCGAUCGGUCCCAACGGGACCGAUUCUGAGUGGUUGGCAUGGUACAAGAGCACGGGAGUUGGCGCAAGCCACUGGGUUGGGAGCACGGCGAUGCUGCCGAGGGAUCUCGGUGGCGUGGUGGAUUCUAAGCUGCAGGUAUACGGGACCAAGAAGCUUAGGGUCGUCGACGCCGGCGUCCUGCCUUACGAGAUCACAUCCCAUCCCAUGCCGCUUCUCUACGCAGUGGCGCAGAAAGCGGCUGCGCUCAUAUUGGAAGGUAACUAG